UGAGGACGCCGACACUUUGACGCAGCUUGCUUCCUCCCGUCGACUCGCUCUCUUUCCGACAAGUAUCGUCCGCCCCUGCAUGGCCCCAUCGUCGCCGUGCAUGUCAGCCGUGACCAAGACUGAAGAUCCGCCCUCGGCGCAGGUCGUCGCCAUGCAGACCAGCCUGGAGGACGCCGGCAAGCCCAAAGUCUCCAUCCUGCCCUUCAGCGUGGAGGCUCUGAUGGCGGACAGGAAGCCCAGCCGAGAGGCGCCUUCGCCGGACGGAGCCGGGCUGGGGAUCCGCUUCGGGGGCUUGGACGCGACGCCCAUCAGCAGCUCCUCUUUUUCCGUCAUCAACCUGCCGGAAGACGCGCUGGUCAAGCCCGGGAGUCCCGACGGCCAGGAGACGACGUCCUGGAUGCAGACUUUUUCCCCGACGCCUCCUCGAAGGUUGAGUCCCCCGGCGUGUCCGCUGCGGAAGCACAAGACCAACCGGAAGCCGCGCACGCCCUUCACCACGUCCCAGCUGCUGGCCCUGGAGCGCAAGUUCCGGCAGAAGCAGUACCUCUCCAUCGCCGAGCGCGCCGAGUUCUCCAGCUCCCUCAGCCUGACCGAGACCCAGGUCAAGAUCUGGUUCCAGAACCGCAGGGCCAAGGCCAAGCGGCUGCAGGAGGCCGAACUGGAGAAACUGAAAAUGGCAGCCAAGCCCAUGUUGCCGCCCGCUUUUGGGAUUUCCUUCCCGCUGCACGGCGCGCACGUCCCGGCCUCUUACGCGGCCUCGCACGCCUUCCAGCGGCACUCGCUGCCGGUGUCCCCGGUGGGACUGUACGCCGCGCACGUGGGAUACAGCAUGUACCACCUGGCCUGACUGGGGGGGGGACACUCGGGACUUUCAGCACGGAGGACCCCCACUUGGCCAGUAAGUUCCUAAAACCACAUGCGUCUUCUUCCAGGAAAAAGGGACACUCUUCCCCUCACGCGUUCAUAAACGUCAGAGCCCAAUUUAAAAAGGGAUCAAAUUAAAACACUCCUUUUACACAGAAGAACUUGGACGGGCUCUACGUCCACUGCAGUGGACAUUUGUCAUUGACAUAUUUUUUACAUGACAUUAAAUAGAAUAAAAACACUUAAGUGUAAAAACAUCAGAAUAUGUUCACCUCUAAAGGCAUAAAAUUAAAUCUAAAACACCAAAGCACUCCUGUCGUAUAGAGGAUCUUGGACAAGUGGCAGAUCUUUUCCGUGACAUAAAGCGUCCACUGCAGUGUCCACUUUUCAUUUGCACGGAAUUAAAAUUAAAUACGGUUAAAAAAAAAACACUCGAGAGUGCUCCUGUCAAAUAGAGGAUCUCGGACAAGCGUCAAAAAGAUCCUUACCGUGACAUUUUAACCUCCUAAAGUGUCCUCUGUGGUGGACAUUUUUCAUUUACUCACUAUUUUUGCUGAAAAUUAACCAUCGCCCCCUGUGACCCUAAAGCGGUAGGAAAUGGAUGGAUGGAUGGAAUAAAAACACGAGAGUGCUCUUGUAAAAUAAAGGAUCUUGGACAAGCGUAAACCUUUUUUUUUUUUACCUUUUAACAUGUCCACUGCAGUGGACAUUUUUCAUUUACCUAUUUUUGCAGAAAAUUAAACAUAAUAAUAAAAACCUUACAGUGCUCUUGUCAAAUAAAGGAUCUUGGACAGGCGUAAACACAUAGUGCAGUGGACACUUUUCAUUUAAAUAAUAGAACUAUUUUUGCAGACAGUUAAAUACAAUAAUUAAAACACGAGAGUGCUCUUGUUAAAUAGAGGAUCUUGGAGAAGCGUAAACAAUUUUUUUUUUUUACCUUUUAACGUGUCCACUGCAGUGGACAUUUUUCAUUGACCUACUAUUUUUGCAAAACAUUAAAUGUAAUAAUAAAAACCUUACAGUGCUCUUGUCAAAUAGAGGAUCUUGGACAAGCGUAAACACAUUUUUACCUCCUAACGCUUCCACUGCAGUGGACACUUUUCAUUUAAAUAACAGAACUAUUUUUGCACAAAAUUAAAUCUAAUAACAAAAAAAACAAAACAAAAAAACAAAGAACUCCUGUCAUAUAGAGGAUCUUGGACAAGCGUCAAAAAGAUCCUUUAUCGUGACAUUUUAACCUCCUAAAGUGUCCUCUGUGGUGGACAUUUUUCAUUGACAUAUUUUUUACAUAACAUUAAAUAGAAUAAAAACACUUAAGUGUAAAAACAUCAACAUAUUUUCACCUCUAAAGGCCUGUAGUGGACAUUUUGCAUUUACUUACUAUUUUUUUUUGUUGCAGAAAAUUAAAUCUAAAACACCAAAGCGCUCCUGUCGUAUAGAGGAUCUUGGACAAGUGGCAGAUCUUUUCCGUGACAUAAAGCGUCCACUGCCAGUGUCCACUUUUCAUUUGCACGGAAUUCAAAUUAAAUACGAUUUUUUUUUUUUUUUUUUUAAACACUCGAGAGUGCUCCUGUCAAAUAGAGGAUCUCGGACAAGCGUCAAAAAGAUCCUUUACCGUGACAUUUUAACCUCCUAAAGUGUCUUCUGUGGUGGACAUUUUUCAUUUACUAACUAUUUUUGCUGAAAAUUAACUAGCGCUCCCUGUGACCCCAAAGCGGUAGGAAAUGGAUGGAUGGACGGGAUAAAAACACUACAGUGCUCUUGUUAAAUAGAGGAUCUUGGACAAGGGUAAACUAUUUUUUUUUUACCUUUUAACGUGUCCACUGCAGUGGACAUUUUUCAUUGACCUACUAUUUUUUGCAAAACAUUAAAUAUAAUAAUAAAAACCUUACAGUGCUCUUGUCAAAUAGAGGAUCUUGGACAAGCGUGAACACAUUUUUACCUCCUAAUGCGUCCAUUUUCAUUUACAUAACAGGACUAUUUUUGCACAAAAUUAAAUUUAAUAACAAAAAAAAACAAAAAAACGAAGCACUCCUGUCAUUUAGAGGAUCUUGGACAAGUGUCAAAAAAGUGUCAGAUCUUUACUGUGACAAAAAGUGUCCACUGCAGCGAACGUAACUAUUUUUUGCAGACAAUUGAAUACAAUAAUUAAAACACAACAGUGCUCUUGUCGUAUAGAGGAUCUUGGACAAGUGGCAGAUCUUUUCCCUGACAUAAAGUGUCCACUGCCAGUGUCCACUUUUCAUUUGCACGGAAUUAAAAUUAAAUACAGUUAAAAAAAAAACACUCGAGAGUGCUCCUGUCAAAUAGAGGAUCUCGGACAAGCGUCAAAAAGAUCCUUUACUGUGACAUUUUAACCUCCUAAAGUGUCCUCUGUGGUGGACAUUUUUCAUUUACUAACUAUUUUUGCUGAAAAUUAACCAGCGCUCCCUGUGACCCCAAAGCGGUAGGAAAUGGAUGGAUGGAUGGAAUAAAAACACUACAGUGCUCUUGUUAAAUAAAGGAUCUUGGAUAAGCGUAAACAAUUUAUUUAUUUUUACCUUUUAACGUGUCCACUGCAUUGGACAUUUUUCAUUUACCUACUAUUUUUUGCAAAACAUUAAAUAUAAUAAUAAAAACCUUACAGUGCUCUUGUCAAAUAGAGGAUCUUGGAUAGGGGUAAACACAUUUUUACGUCCUAAAGCGUCCACUGCAGUGGACACUUUUCAUUUAAAUUACAGAACUAUUUUUGCAGACAGUUAAAUACAAUAAUUAAAGCACGAGAGGGCGCUUGUUAAAUAGAGGAUCUUGGACAACCGUGAACACAUUUUUACCUCCUAAUGCGUCCAUUUUCAUUUACAUAACAGGACUAUUUUUGCACAAAAUUAAAUAUAAUAACAAAAAAAACAAAAAAACAAAGCACUCCUGUCAUAUAGAGGAUCUUGGACAAGUGUCAAAAAAGUGGCAGAUCUUUACUGUGUCAAAAAGUGUCCACUGCAGCGAACGUAACUAUUUUUUGCAGGCAAUUAAAUACAAUAAUUAUAACACUAGAGUGCUCUUGUCGAAUAGAGGAUCUUGGACAAGCGUAAAUAUAUUUGACUUCCUAACACUUCCACUGCAUUGGACACAUUUUCAUUUACAUAACAGAACUAAUUUUGCAGAAAAUUAAAUACAAAAAAAAAAACUAGAGGGCUCUUGUCAAAUAGAGGAUCUUGGACAAGCAUAAACACUUUUUUUUUUUUUACCUCCUAAUGCAUCUACUGCAGUGGACACUUUUUUAUUUACAUAACAGAACUAUUUUUGCAGAAAAUUAAAUACAACAAUAAAAAAAAAAAAAAUAGAGAGCUCUUGUCAAAUAGAGGAUCUUGGACAAGUGUCAAAAAAGAUCCUUUACCGUGACAUUUUAACCUCCUUAAGUGUCCUCUGCAGUGGACAUUUGUCAUUUACUAACUAUUUUUGCAGAAAAUUAAAUAUGAUAAUAAAAACACUACAGUGCUCUUGUUAAAUAGAGGAUCUUGGACAAGUGUGAAAAAAAGAUUCUUCACCGUGAUAUUUUAACCUCCUGCAGUGGACAUUUUUGCACAGAACUAUUUUUGCAGAAAAUGAAAUAUAAUAACAAAAAUACUACAGUGCUCUUAUUAAAAAUAGAGGAUCUUGGACAAGCAUAAACACAUUAUUUUUAACCUCCUAACGUGUCCUCUUCAGUGGACAUUUUUCAUUUACACAACAGAACUAUUUUUGCAGAAAAUUAAACAUAAUAAUAAAAACACUACAGUGCUCUUGUUAAAUAGAGGAUCUAGGACAAAUGUAAACUUUUUUUUUUUUUACCUACAAAUGUGUCCACUGCAUUUUUCAUUUACUAACUAUUUUGCAGAAAAUUAAACAUGAUAAUAAAAACACUACAGUGCUCUUGUCAAAUAGAGGAUCUUGGACAAGCGUAAAAGACAUCUUUUUACCUCCUAACGUGUCCACUGUAGUGGACAUUUUUCAUUCACCUACAAUUUCCAUCCAUCCAUCCAUCCAUCCAUUUUCUACCACUUAUUCCCUUUCGGGGUCGCGGGGGGCGCUGGCGCCUAUCUCAGCUACAAUCGGGCGGAAGGCGGGGUACACCCUGGACAAGUCGCCACCUCAUCGCAGGACCUACAAUUUCUGCACAAAAUUAAAUAUGAUAAUAAAAACACUACCGUGCUCUUGUUAAAUAGAGGAUCUUAGACAAGUGUCAACAAUAUUCUUAACCUCCAAAAAUGUCCACUGGAGUGGACAUUUUUCAUUUACCUACUACUUUUGCUAAAAACACUACAGUGCUCUUGUCAAAUAGAGGAUCUUGGACAAGCGUAAACACAUAGUGCAGUGGACACUUUUCAUUUAAAUAAUAGAACUAUUUUUGCAGACGGUUAAAUACAAUAAUUAAAACACGAGAGUGCUCUUGUCAAAUAGAGGAUCUUGGACAAGCGUAAACACAUUUUUUACCUCCUAACGUGUCCACUACAGUGGACAUUUUUCAUUUACAUAACAGCACUAAUUUUGCAGAAAAUUAAACACAAUAAUAAAAACACUAUAGUGCUCUUCUUAAAUAGAGGAUCUUGGACAAGCGUAAACACAUUUUUUUUUACCUCUUACCGUGUCCACUGCAGUGGACAUUUGCAGAAAAUUUAACAUAAUAAUAAAAACACUACAGUGCUCUUGUCAAAUAGAGGAUCUUGGACAAGCGUGAACACAUUUUUUUUUUUUACCUCCUACCGUGUCCACUGAAGUGGACAUUUUUAAUUUACAUAACAGAACUAUUUUUGUAGAUAAUGCAACAUAAUUAUAAAAACAUGAGCGUUUUCUUGCCAAAUAGAGGAUCUUGGACAAGCGUGAACACAUUUUUUUUUUACCUCCACCGUGUCCACUGCAGUGGACAUUUUUCAUUUACAUAACAGAACUAUUUUUGCAGAAAAUCAAAUAUACUUAUAAAAAGAAGAGAGUGCUCUUGUUAAAUAGAGGAUCUUGGACAAGCGUAAACACAUUUUUUUUUUUUUUUACCUUCUAAUGUGUCCACUGCAGUGGACAUUUGCAUAAAAUAAACAUAACAAUAAAAACACUACAGUGCUCUUGUCAAAUAGAGGAUCUUGGACAAGUGUGAACACAUUUUUUUUUUUUUUACCUCCUACCGCGUCCACUGGAGUGGACAUUUUUCAUUUACAUAAUAGAACUAUUUUUGCAAAAAAUUAAAUAUACUAAUAAAAACACGAGAGUGCUCUUUUUAAUUAGAGGAUCUUGGACAAGCGUAAACACAUUUUUAUUACCUUCUAAUGUGUCCACUGCAGUGGACAUUUUUCAUUUACAUAACAGAACUAUUUUUGCAGAAAAUCAAAUAUACUUAUAAAAAGAAGAGAGUGCUCUUGUUAAAUAGAGGAUCUUGGACAAGCGUAAAAACAUUUUUUUACCUUCUAACGUGUCCACUGCAGUGGACAUUUUUCAUUUACAUAACAGAACUAUUUUUUCAGAAAACUAAAUAUAAUAAAAACACCCGAGUGCUGCUGUCAUAGAGAACUUGAACAAAACGGACCCAUUGUUGACAUUUUAACCUCCCAAAGCGUCCACUAGAGUGGACAACUGUAUUUUUUUUUCCAUAACCCUGACAAAAUCAAAAGACCCAAACCCCUCCAAAAAAAAAACGACAUCUUGUUCUGCAAACAAGAAUAUUGCUGAUCUUUGUGAGAAGAAUGAUGUCGGACUAAAAAGUGCUCUUUGUAAAUAUGAAAAACAACAGCAUUUAAACAAGACCAAGAAAGAAAAAAAACAGCACUGUUGUUGUAAUGAUCCCCUUUGCAAGGGCGUACUGUAAAAUAAUGUAUAUUUUGGACAAAAUAUCCUCCUUUUAUAUUAUGACUAUAUUUGUGACAUAACUUAAUAAAUUGUUUAUUCUUUUGCA